ACGUGGAUAUUAUUACAUUUCUAUCUUUUCUUUCCCGUGUCUCGAUUUUCUUCUCCUUCUUCUCUAAACCCUAACUGCGUCGAUCGAAGCUCCUCUCAUCCGUUCAUCCCUCCCCAGCCUGUCUCUCGAUCCCGUCGCUCUCCCUGCUUCCACAGAGGCAGAGAACUAUAUUCCUCCAAGAGUGAAGAAUGAAGAAUGGUUUUGUGAAGGAGGCAGAAGACCUGAAGUUCUGUUUUUUCCUCUUGCUAACCACAGAAUUGACACACAGAAAAUUAGAAGUUCUAGCCCAAGAUGUCUCCAGCAUCGAAAUCUAAGUCCAAAGACAAAAAGGCUGGCAAGGACUCGCAAAAGGCUUCUACCAAGCUUCCAGGUGCUGCUGGUGCUGGCAGCGGUAUCCCAGCCAGUGCAUACAAUCCACUGUUGGGUACAUUCCACACGCUUGAUACAGUACCAGCAUACACUGCUCAAUCUCAUGGUAAUGGCCGUUUCCGAAACAUAGACGAGUCGGAUGAACAUAUUGGAAACCCCCUUGGAACAGGGGCUGACUAUGAUUCUGUUUCCAAUAAUGGUAGUUGGUCUGGUGAGUCUGAAGACCAUAAAGAUAAAGCACCUAAUCAUCCUGCCAAACUGGAGACCAUACCAGGAGCUGACAAUGACAAGCGGGAAAAAAUCCGUCAGAAAAACGAGAGGAAGCAUCAGCGUCAAAAGGAGAGACGAGCCCAAGAAUUGCAUGAACGGUGUAGUGGCUAUCUGAUGUCCAGAAAGCUGGAAGCACUUGCACACCAGCUUGUGGCAAUGGGUUUUUCUUCAGAACGAGCAACAAUGGCUCUUAUACUUAAUGAAGGCAAAGUAGAGGAAUCAGUUACUUGGCUGUUUGAAGGGCAUGAAGAAGCAGAUAAAUACAGGGAUCAAAACCUUGGAAAUGGUAGUAAUCUGAAAAUAGACAUAUCAGAAGAGCUUGCUCGGAUUGCAGACAUGGAAAUCAGGUACAAGUGCUCAAGGCAAGAGGUUGAGAGGGUGAUUGUUGCCUCUGAGGGGGACCUUGAGAAGGCAGCAGAAGCUCUGAGGAUGCAGAAACAAGAUCUGUCCUCUGCUCCAGAAGAAACUGGCGAUCCUCCAAAUGUCAAUAAAGGUAAGCUUUCAGCAGCUGCUAAUCAGAAUUUGGUGAAGCCACAACAAAAAUCCAAUUCAUCUACUUCAAUACAACUGAAAAGGGAUGAAAAAGAUUUUAACUAUGCAAAAACAGCAGUUCCUGUGUUAGCACCUUCAGAUUCAGGAAGCAAAAAUGUACAGCCUUCGAGAAAAAUUCAGCCAAAAUCAGAGUGGGCGAGACCACAGCAGAUUGUGACACCAGUUGAGAAGAAGUGGCCAGGCGGAGGAUCAAAUCCUUCAGUUUCCUACUCUUUGGCACCACCUUUGCAAGCGUCUGCACUGCCUGGCAAAACGGAAACCCGUUAUGUGGCGGUUGGUAGUGAAGCUAGGAACCUUCAGCCAGGCUUGGUGCGAGAACCGGUUAUCAUGAUGCAACGGCCCAAAUCCAUCAACACAGAGCAGGCACCUGCUACUAGCAUUAGUUCAUCUCCACCAGGAACAGCUGCCAACUGGUAUCCUGGCAGUGUUGAAAUUAUGAAGUCCAAUGGGCUGUUGCAACAUAUUCCUAGCACAAGAAACCUUAGCCCAAACAAUUUGAGCUCAAACCAGUUAUACCAGCAGCAAGGUCAUCCGCAGCAGCAGCAACAAUUUGUGGAUUUCCCUGGAACAUACAAGGGGAAUGGUUCAUGGAGCAGAGCAGGUUCCUCUCCGACUCUUGCCGCUGCUUCUUCCUUGGGACUUUUCUCUGGGUUGGGCUCUAGUGGCUCUUCAGGGUCGUCCUCUCCUGUAGAUUGGAGCACUGGUGCAUCAAUGUUGCACUUAGAUUACACAAACAUAGACUGGUCCUUGGAUCGGGGUUUGUCAUCCUCAAAGCCGCAUGGAUUGUGGCUAGGAAUGGCUCCUUUCAUGAUGGACGAGUCAGAUGCAUCUGGAGUGGGUGCCAAGCCAGCCGUGCGAUCAAUUCCCUCCAACAGGAAUGGUGUUCUGAUUGGGGGAUUGCAAGACGGUGGGGUGGCUACUGCUGAAACGCCUGCUGCCAAUUCUCGCGAGUGGUCCUCUCCUUUUGAAGGGAAAGAUCUUUUUAGCUUGCCCAGACAGUUUGUUUCAUCGCCCUCCCUGUAGGAUGUGGAGAGAGGGCUUUGAAUAAUAAGAGAAUUAAAAAGAAAAAAAAAUGCAAAAUGAAAGAUUUUCUUGGAUUCUAUCUUCUUAUGAUGUGUCUGUUGAUUGUCGAAAUGGAUACCAGUUUAGUGAAGCUGCCCUUUUGUUUA